CUACGCGCAUGAGACUUUAGAGCGAAAAACAUUCACAGCCGCUGUGCACACAUAAGCAAGUGUGGCGCGCGCAUCGAUGCUUCAUGGUUAUGUGCAAAAACGAUUAUACGAAAUUCGAGGGUCUGCGUUGUGCACAGUCACAUUUAUACGCUUCUUUUAUAUAUCAAUCCUUUCAUUGCCCCGAUUAUCAACGUGGCUAAUAUACAAUCGACGACCUCACGAAACUCUGGUUCCACUACCCCUGAUAAUGUUGAAAUCGCUGCACUGUUAUCUCACUCAAUCGAUGCAAAUGGAUCCUUACAACUCAGUGAAACAGCAUUUGAUAUCGUGUGCUCAAAAUGCACGCAGACUGAAAAUAUAAACUCGGUUGUCUGUGUCCCUCGUCGUCUAGAUAUGCGCUCGUUCUUGCAGAGGGAAUUUGAAGGCCGCUCAAUUUUGAUAUUUUACGAAAAAAACAAAGAUUUGAACGAAAAUAUGCGUGCUCGUUUGUCGCAACUGCUUAUCAAUCGAGAAUUGACUUUUAUUAUACACAAAGAAGGCGCAAGCAUAGAAAAUCUUCUAAGAAAGUUGGAACUUUCCAGCGAAAUUUUGGUAAAACUUGCGGAGGAAAUUCAUUCUCUUUUCGAUGAGUCUACCAAAUACUAUUUUUCCAAAGGAUACACAGUAAAUGGCAUCAGAAUCCCAUCUACUGGAAAAUUGAUCGCCCGCUUGAAUUACAUGCGUUCAUUUCUACAAGACGUCGGAGUUUUGGUUCCUGCAAAGAAAGAAAUUGCACUGGCUAUCGAACCAAAAAAUGUUAUAGAUAAACGUCUUGAUAUUCUGCGUCAACAGCACGUUGAACAGUCAGAAAAAUUGGAUAAAGCUUGGGAUGGUUUAUUUUUGCAUCGACAAGAGCUUUGUAAUGCAAAUAGUAAAGAAGGAUUUGGUUUUUUUGAAAAUUUCCCUUGCCUAGCGCAAAGCUUUGCUCCGGAUUUGCAGGUUAUCAAAGACUUUAACAGAAAAUUUUUGGACGGAGCUAAAGACUCUUCCGAGACUUGGUUGAAACUAAGAAGUGGGCUUGAAUCUUUAAUACUAACAAAAGAUUUUCGAAAUGCCGAUGCUCAAUAUUUGGUGACGAUUUUAUCAACUUUGUCUGAUGAUAAUAAUAAGGAUACUGUGAUUUUCAUGUUGCUUGCGUCGGCUAUAAGAGCCCCGAACUGCAAAGCGGACUAGCACUCAGGCGACAACCAAGAAAAGAAAAAUCUAAUCUGAAAAAGACGAUCAAGAGAAAAAAGCUGAGCAAGAAACUUUCAUUUUUCACACUGACACCAAGGAUUCUUUGAACGCACUUUCCAAGGCUAAACUGACGCUCAAUAAAUCUGGGAACAAUAUAAUCAGGCCCUACAUUGCGGCUGUAGGUUCUGUGGAAGAACCGGCAGCAUUUUUCGUCGUCAUCGGCGAAGUUUUCCAUGAAACUGGGACCGCAGUCGGGGCGUUGCAAUUUGCGAUCAAAUUGAUAUUGACGUAUAAUAUUGGUUAUCCAAAAGCUAGUCUCAACACGUGGGUACUCAUUCAGAAAUUCUUUUUGCGCGUCACUAUUCGGGGAGAAAAAAUGUCGAUGCAUGUCAAAAAAGCUUUGAUGUUUUUGGAAAAAACUUUAACAUGUCUUUUGAUGAUAUUUCAAGAUUUUUUGUUAAUUUAGUCCUACUUCAGUUGAGUGAUUCUUGUAAAAUGUAUUAAUAGUCUAAUAUAUAGAUUGAUAUUCGUAAACUGCAGGCAAUAAAAAUAUAUGAUUCAAUGUUAAACGUCAUGGACCCAGAAAGUUUUCGAACUAAGAAACAGUGUUUUAAUUAUUUUGCGAAAGACGGUACUUAUAUAAGUCCAGAAGAAAUCGAAAUUCCAGUUGAUUCUGAUAGAAAUCAAAAUUCAGAAGAAAGUGAAUCGCCAAAACAGAAAAUAUUGACCCAAUUUAUCUCCUUACGGAAAGUUUUCAAAACGUUUUUUGAGAUCCCUGGUAUGUUCGACUGUACCAGAGCUCAUUUACGCAAAGUUGAAGAAGAUAACACUGUAGUUACAAAUAUUGUUCAAGAGACAGAUUGGUUGUCUCAAAAAACAUUGUUCGGUAAAAAAUUGGUCUUUCCGCUGUUACUAUACCAAGAUGAUUUUGAAACAAAUAAUCCUUUAGGCAGCCACAGAGGACUAGGCAAAGUUGGAGCGGUCUAUAUUGUUGUCCCAUGUUACCUCCUCACAUGUUCUCAAAAACCGAAAAUAUAUUUCUUUUUUCUUUGUAUAAAUCUUCUGACGCUGCACUCGUUCCUCUGAAAAAACUCUUCGAAAAAAUUGUUCAAUAAUUGAUUUUCUUAGAACAAGAAGGAAUUCGUAUUUCUACGCCGAGUGGUGAAUUUCAUAUUUACUUUUCUCUGGCAGGAAUGAUCGGUGACAAUCUUGCUGUACACGCCAAUCUGCUUUAAUUGGUUUGCAAUCUUCUUCAACUUUGCGACUUUUUACCGUUGAUCUCAUGCAUGACAAGUUUGAAGGUGUUUACGAAUAUGAUGUUGGGAAAAUUUUGUACAUAUUUAUCAUCAAAGAAAAAUUUUUCACUUGCGACGAAUUAAAUCGCAGAAUUCGAUAUUUUUAUUACGGUCCUGAUGAAAUUCGUAACAAACCAAGGGAAAUUUCUUUGCAGCAAGUGAAUAAUAAACUUGUCAAAAUAUCAGCAAGCGAGUCUCUGUGUUUGAUGCGAAACAUUGGCCUUAUUCUGGGUGAUUUGAUCCCAUUACAAAAUCCUCACUGGAGAAUAGUCAUUUAUUUAAAAUAAAUUCUGGACAUAGUUUCUUCACCUGCUGUAAACGAAGGUGCAUAUUUUAAUUUGGAGACCUUAGUUUCAGGAUAUCUCGCUCUUUUAACACAAUUGAUUCUAAAUUCUAUGAAAGUAAAACACCAUCUUCUUCUGCACUACGCAGAAAUAAUGCGACGCAAAGUACCAUUAUGGGUGUUAUCGACUAUGAGAUGUGAAAGCAAGAAUAAAGUUUUAAAAACAACAUCUGGUGUAACUCUUAGUCGAGUCAACAUUUGCAAAACCUUGGCAAUCAAAUCGCAACUAAUAUUUAAUCACAGAAUUCGCAGUAAUGUUCCUGUAUCUUCAGAAUCGUUCGAUCGUGGAACAUUAGAAACGAAAAAACCAAAGAUAUCAUACUGAUGCUGCCUGGAGAAAUUGACAAUCAGUUUUUUUAUCGUUGAAGCUAUAUUCGAAAGCGAAUCACGGGAUGUGUAUUUCUUCGCUAAAGAAAUUACUGAAUUCGUACACUACGUCGAACAUUAUCAAGCCUGCAGCAUCCAUGAAAAUAUUUCAUUUGAUAAUGAUUCUUGGCGAUGUUUCGACAGCAAUGAAAUUCAAGAAUUUUACGUUUCCAGAAUCGUUACUCUGUCAGAUGACAAAAAAAUUCAUUCCAAAACGUUGGAUUCGAGCGCGACAAUCUUUAUUUCAUGAGCCGUAGUAAGAUUUUUCCGAAAAUUAGUUUGUACAGUCAAAUGUAUAGUUAUCGAUAAUUUUAUUAAGUACAAAAAAGUGUGAUUCCUACGAAUUUCCAGAAUAUGUACCAAAGCCGUGAUAUAUAGUACGAAUAUAUAAUGUUGAUUUGUAACUGGAUA